AUGUCUCAAGCCAAGAGGACCUUCCCUGCUCUUGGGGAGAGGAACUAUCGCUCCUGGGCUGAUGAUAUCAACCCUACAGCCGCUCCUGAGCUCUACUCGGAGACUACGCCCACCAUCGAAGACAAGAGGGAGCAGAGGAAGUGGGAGGCGUGA